AUGGAAGCCGGUGGUAGUGCACAGCCACUAAGUAUAAAUUUUAUUCGAUAUUCUACAUUACUUUAUCAUACACAUGAAUUGCUGAUAUUCGCCAAUAAUCCCUACACAUAUCAACAAUUAUUUAUACAUGGAAGUCUAUCAAAACAAAUUAGUGGAUCAUCAUUUACAAUUACUCUUCCAAAUCGAAUCCCCACCUGUCAAUCAAUUAUCAUGACUGGUGUACCAGCAUCAUGGGAUACAACAGAAAUGCAUGAAUUGCUUGUAGUUCGAUAUCAAUCUGUGGCACAAAUAACACGUAUCUAUAAUAAUAAUGGUGAACCUACAACAAGAGUUCGGGUUGAUUUAAGACAAUAUUCUGAAGUUGAACGAAUUUUAAAAGAUCAACGUAUUUAUAUGGAUUCAGUUAGCUAUCCGGCAAACCUACACAGGUAG